GAUGGACAUGUGUUGACAAAUAAAGACCGACUCACCCACACGUGAGAGUGUCCACCACAAGCCUCGGUCUCGUACAACCAAUGCAAACAUUCAUUCACAUUUCCACCACGCAGCCACACACUAACGCCAGACAUGUAUAUAUGGAUGUGCACGCUGGACAGUGCAUUGAUGAAAAAAUAACCACGAGCUGGAAGAGAGUCGGCGACGGGAGCAGCCACCAUGCAGCACCCGUCCCGACUCCCCAUUCAGAUCAGUCUUUGAAUGUCACUCCCCCCGCCCCAGUUGGUGAGCCACUGCCCUCUGCUGCACUCACCCCUUUCUUCGGUGCCGCUGCCCCGUGUUUGGACAGCAUCUGCUCCCGCCAAAGGGCCCGUGGGUCCGCCUUCGGACCUCCGCCGAAGUCAAACAAUUGCCCGGACUCCUCUCUCUGGAUGAUCUGCGACUUCUUCCGCCCUUUGGUCGGUGAAGCCGAUGCCCUGCGGCUGGCACUUCUUGCUGGGCUGCGUGCCUUCGGGGAAGCGCCUGCUGGCUGUGCUGGACCGAUGGGAAGACGGAGCUCUUCCUUGGCCGCCAGCGGGCUCGGCCCGGGGACACUGACGGCAGCACCCUGCUGGCACAGAGUAGUCAGAUAGGUGAUUGAUCUGUUCGUGUCUCGUGUGUCUCACCUCUGGCUUAAGUUGGCUCUCUUGUGAGAGGGCCAGGGCCAGAGUCUCCCGAGGAGCUUCAGAGGCCCUCUUGGCGCGAUGUGACGGCUUUGGAGGGGCUGAACGCGGCGAGACAGGCGUUUUCUCUUUCUCCUUCUUCGCCUUCGGCUUUACUUUUGGCACUAUGAGCUCAGUCUUGCGCCUAUACAUGUGGCUGAGCCUUUUGUCCAGAUCCUUGCUGAGCCUGCAGUCGAUCCGGUGCCGCACCUCAGAGACGUGAGAGCGCUUGUCCUUGGCAAUCCUCCGUAGCAUGUCAUCGUCAGUUAUGGGUGUCGAGUCGCUCCACAGGCUGGAUGAAAGUAUGCGCAGCCAUUGCUUGGCCGUCACCGCUGCCAUUGGUGCAGUGUACAAGUGCCUCCCGAACACAUACUCCAUUCUGUCCGCACGUACACACACACAAGGCCGGCUGAUGUGGCGGGCAUGCCUUUGUGUCUCCCUGGUUGGUCACUCACGCACUUUCUGACAACAGUUGGGAAGGGCAACAGAUUAGCGAGGAACGUGUACAUCUCGUCCAUCUGAAUAGACCUGUCUCUAUCCCUGUCCAGCACCUUAUACAGCACAUAGUUGAACAGCCCUCUCGGCUCAAGGCCCGUCGAGUCGUUCUUCGCUCGCAGGUACAUCCGCAUCACUUCGUCAAGGGAUAACACGCCGUUCAGGUCCUCGUCCGCCUCCCUGCAGGCACCAACAACACGUAAAGAGGUCAUCCUUCCAUCAGCCAUGAAUGCAUCCAUUGGUGUGUUUGCUGCCUCACCAGAUGAGCCCCUGCACAGCCCGGAGCGGGAGUAUGAUUCCAUCUUCUCUCAUGCUGUGUUGCAGUUCAUACGCAUCGAUAACCGAGUCCUCGUUGAUGUCCAGUUCGAAGAACACACGCCUGAUGUUGGCCUGCUCGUGCUGGGUGAGGUGUUUGUCGAGCUGUGAGAGGUCAUUGGUGUGGCCAAGUCGUGCUUGCAGGCGGGCGGGCGGCGGGGGAGGUGAGGGAGGAGGUGGGGGGGCCAUCCCGCCGUCUCGAAUGUAGCGAGCUAAGCUGGCGCGCCGUUACAGGUUCUCGAUCCAUCCAUCCAUCCAUGCAGCAGUCUCUGUAUCGUCAUGUACGACCAGGGGACAAAUCAGGUAUGAGGUGCAAUGUGGUGUCGUGUGUGCGAUUAAAUCAGAUACGAACACAUAAGAUAGCAGGCAGACAAACCGACAACAAACCGACAACAUAACACACCGCAGGCAGACAGGGAGGGAGGCAGAUGGUCUGCGGGCGCAUGUGUGUGUGUGUGUGUGUGUGUGUGUGACGAGGUAAGUAUGUAUGUACGGGUGGGUGGGCG